GUAUGAAAUGCAUCGUAGAUGCGCGAAUACAGCUGUGAAUUCUCCAACAUCCAUAGAAGGCCAUGACUGAGCCGCCAACGGGGAGAGAGAAAGAGCUCACAUACACAAACUGAUACUAGAACCCAAAAGCCAAGCCUCUUUUUUUCCCUUCCUUAAUCGCCCCUCUCUCUCUCCCCCUUCGUCUUCUUACAGGGGAGAAGGCCCAACUGCAUGUGGUGUUUCCGCAGUUUUCAAAGCGCUUCAAUGAAGUGGCAUGGAGGUCAUACCUUCGAUGUCAAAUUAGCUUGCAUGGGAUGGCUUCAUCACCUUUAUAAUUUAAAUUGAUUUCUCCUUGACUUUAAAAUUACAACAUUACUUGCCAUGGCUCGUAAGGGAAAUCAACAGAAGAAUGGGUUAGAUCGCCAUUCAUCCAACCACAAGAGAAAGGUUUCAGAUUCAGGGCGUGGAGUGCCAGAUACAAAAGAAAGGGUCCAAACAGGUGAGGUGAAGAUCGUCGCUGGAGAGGAGCUCCCAAAUGGUAACCAAGCAAGCAAUCCUUUGACAGAAACUGCGAAUAAAACUAGUUCGGCAGGAGAUGAGAAGAAAAGCAAACAAAGAUCUGGGAAAUCUCUUAGAAAGGAGAAGCAAGAAAUGGAUACAACCCAUGGUCUGGACCAUUCAGUACCUCCUGGGAGUAAUCCAGGAGAAUGUGCUGGGAAUCAAUUUAUGACCGAGGCUUUCAGCAUAAGAGAAGAAAAUGGGACGUCCCCUAGGACUAACAAUGGUUCAAAACAUCCAAGUGGUAGUUCAGGAUGCUCGCCAAAUGGAUUGCCUUCAGAAAAAGCAAUGAAAAAUUCUGAGUUCUCUGAUACUAUGGUGGUUAGAAGUUUGAGGGCUUCAGCAUUGUCCAUCUUGAAGGCAGCUAAUGAAUGGUUAGAGAGGCAGAAACCAUUCUUCAUCAGUCUAAAUAUCAGGAUAUUAAAUGCACGUGAUUGUAUUCGUAUGAAGAUUGAGCAAACAUAUCCUAUUAUUUUGAAAUGGCUUAUGUAUUUUGGGAACAUAAUGCUUCUUCUGUCAAUGGUUUGGUUGGACUGUACUAUCAGGGGAAUUGACUCCUUUUUGCGAAUGGGGACAACGUCCUUUUUCUCAGUCAUAUGGUGCAGCAUUUUCUCGGUAGUUGCAAUGAUCGGGAUGUCUAAGUUUCUUAUUAUCCUGAUCGUAUCUGUUUUGAUGGGAGUUUUUCUCGGGUUCACCCUUGCAAGUUUGGUAAUUGCCAUUUCUGGGGUUGUUAUUUUGUGGAUUUAUGGAAGUUUUUGGACAACAGCCCUUAUCAUCUUUUGUGGAGGGUUGGCAUUCACAUUGAGCCAUGAGCGUGCUGCCCUAUUAAUUACCACCAUAUAUUCUGUGUACUGUGCUUGGACAUACGUUGGAUGGCUUGGUUUGAUUGUUGCUUUGAAUCUGUCCUUCAUCUCAAGUGAUGCUUUGAUAUAUCUCCUGAAGAAUACUACGAAUGAGCAUAGAAGAUCCAGCAGGCCUCCCGAACAAACAGCUGGAAUGCGAGGUCGGCCAGGCUUUUUCAAUGGAGAGCAACCGCAUGCUUCAUUUUCUGAAACAGGUUCAGAGCAAGCACCCGAUCGUAGUGCAGGAGUAACUUCAACCAGUGGGGCUGACUCUGAGAUAACUUCUGAAGAGGAAGUUGUUCGGUUAUUAAACUGUACUGAUCACUAUUCAGCAUUGGGCUUGUCCCGUUUUGAGAACAUAGACGUUUCUCUACUAAAGCGGGAAUAUAGGAAAAAGGCAAUGCUUGUCCAUCCUGAUAAAAACAUGGGCAACGAGAAGGCUGCAGAAGCUUUUAAAAAGCUUCAAAAUGCAUAUGAGGUUUUACUUGAUUCUCUGAAGCGAAAGGCAUAUGAUGAUGAAUUAAGGAGGGAGGAACUGCUGAACUGUUUCCGUAGAUUUCAGACUGCCUCUCAAAAGAAUGGAAGGCAUGGUCCUUUUACCUCUGGAAUCCCCCGCUCAGAAGCUGAAGUUGAGGACCCCUUUGGAGAGUCGAGACGAAUAGCCUGCAAAAAGUGUGGCAACUUUCAUGUUUGGGUUCACACCAAGAAAACAAAAUCUCGAGCAAGAUGGUGCCAGGAUUGCAAGGAUUUUCAUCAGGCCAAGGAUGGAGAUGGAUGGGUUGAACAGUCUACCCAACCCUUCUUUUUUGGAAUAUUGCAAAAGGUGGAUGCACCUUCAGCAUAUGUUUGUGCUGAGAGCCGGAUAUACGAUGCAACCGAAUGGUAUAUUUGUCAGGGAAUGAGAUGUCCAGCCAACACUCACAAGCCAAGUUUUCAUGUGAACACUAGCGUAACUUCCAAGCAUAAUGGCAGUAAGGGAACGAGCUCAGGACAAAAAGGAGGAAUGCCAACACCUAACAUGGAAGAGAACAUGACCGAGGAGGAAUUCUUCGAGUGGUUGCAGAAUGCGGUCCAAGCAGGCAUGUUUGAUACUUGUGGUGGCAGCACCUCUGCCGAAAGUCCAUCUGCCAAGGCAGGAAAUUUCUCCAAGAGCGGUGGCACAAACAGUGGCAGUGGUAGUGGUAGUGGCAGCAAGAGAAAGAAAAAGGGAAAGAAACAAUGGUGAGCACCUGUCUUCACAACCCUUUUACACACAAAUCCGAUAUGAAUUUCCCCGUUAAAAAGGGCUCUUAAAAUUUGAUUAGAAGUAGCCUAUGGUCUUUUCCUUUGAAAGGAGGCAUAACAGGAAUCUAACUCCAACUCCAACAAGUUGUAUAAGAGUAAGAAUGGAACCCCCCUUUAUGCCUGCAUCAUACACAGUUUGUAUAGAAUACAAACCCCUCCCCCAUUUUGUACCUUUGGUUAUCAUCAAUCUCUUAAAUCGGUUUUAAAUUUACUGCCAUGGAUGUGUGGCAGUUUUUGCCCUUUUUUUCUACCAUGGCAGAGGGAGAAUGUUGCACAGGCCUAUAGUUUGUACUGCUAUCUUUCUUUUUUCUGUUCUGUUCUGUCAAGGGGUAAAAACCGAGGACUGAAUGAAGUCGCCUCGAAUUGCCGUAACGGGGUUGUGAUAAAUCCAUUUUGGUAAUGGCUGAUCUUCAAGAUCAGGGCAUUAUUAAGAGCUUUAGAUUGCCGAUGGAAAUACUUCUAUCGAUGGUAGCAAUGACAGAAGUAUACUUCUAAUGGUUCCUGCAUUUUCUCUUGGUUGAUGGCAUGUAAGUGAUAAUAUGUUAUCAUAUGAUGUGGUUUUGAUUUCAGAAA